AUGGUUGGUGGUGCUAUGGUGGUUGGUGGUGAAUGGGGAUGCUUGGUUGAUGGUUCGUUGGCGGUUGGUGCUAUAACGGAGUGGUCCAUGGAGAGAAUUGGGGUCAGGUUUAGUAAAGCAGCAAACAUGGAGCCUAACCACUUAACAGGCUAUGCCAAAAUUGAAAUGGAGUUGAGAAGUGCUGAAUCCAGAUUUUGUUACUCUACUGCAUGUGGUGGUGGGGAGUUUGAGGUGAAGGAUGGCAAUGUGAAGUUCCCAGUCAAGCUACACACCAGAACCUGUGGUUGUGGAGUAUGGCAGGUGUCAGGUAUUCCCUGCAAACAUGGCUUGAGGGUCAUCUACAACCAGAGACUUGACCCUGUGGACUUUGUUUCCAAUUAUUUCAAGGGUGCUGCUUAUAAACAGGCAUAUGCAGAGCAUAUGCACCCAAUGGCUGACCCUACUCAGUGGCCUGGAUCCACACUGCCCACCAUUAAACCUCAUGGGAUCAAGAGGAGUGCCGGAAGAUCACAAAAACAGAGAAGAAGGGUUGCCAUGGAAGCUAGGAAGAGGAAGAGGCACACUUCAGUUAAGUGUAGCAAAUGCAAGGAAAUGGGCCACAAUGCAAGGACCUGCAAGUCUGGUGCAGACACUUCCAAGGCACCACCAAAACAGAGAACUGCAACAAAUAAGAGGAAAAUGGCCUAUGAUGGUGCAAGCACUUCCAAGGCAGCACCAAAGGGCAAGAAAUCCAAGCAAGCCUGA